AUGGCCAAGCGUGUGCAUCUAGCGCCGACCUCGGUCGUCGACGCCCCUCGUGCGCUCACCUGCAUCGUCCAGUGCUUCGCUUCACACUCCGACGUGGCCGCAUUUCUCGACGCGCUGCCACGGACUUCGCGCACACCGCCUUUGGCUGCGCUUCUCCAGCUCCUCGCCUGCGGCGCCCGCGUCUGGCCGCGGCCCGCCCUCGGCAGCGCCAUCGACGACGCCACGAUUCCUCUCAUCAUGGCGGCGAUGCCCGUCUUCCCUUCAAUUCACAUCGAGAGCCCCUCGCACAGCGACGCCUGGCGCAGCGCGUCAGCGUCCUCGUCGUUUGCGAGCCCGUUUUGCGCGUUUUUGGCCGAGUGGGCCACCAAGGUCGAGCAGUUCGAGCUCUGCACGACUGGCGACGUCGACGACGAGCUCCACCGACUGCUCUACUUGUGCACUAACGUCCGCUCGUUGGCUCUCUCGGGCGACGCUGGUGUGCUGCCAAGUCUCCUGACGGCGCCAUUUCGCGUCACGCGGCUGGACCUGAGCUUGGACGGAGUCGACUGGCCGGUGCUGCUGCCGUGGCUUGCAUCAGGACAUGCGAUGCAUGUGGGCAUCUGCGGAAUGGACUCGAGCUCGACACACGCCGACACCGUCGCGCGGGCGCUCGCAACGGCACCGAGCCUCACGAGCCUCGACUUGACCGAGUGCAACAGCCUCCUGCGCCGCCUUGGGGCAAAUGCGACACCGCUGCACUUUGUGACGCACCUCGCGAUGGAGUCGUCGCUCGACCAAGGCGACAUCGACAUCCUUCUGUCACUGGUCGAUGCGUCCAAGCUUAGGGAGCUCCGACUCACUGGCACCGACGCCGGGGAUCUGCACUGCAGUCUGGCAGCCCUGCAGUCGUUGACCGCGCUGGACGAGCUCUCGCUGUGCAACGUCACGCUGCAUGGACCGUCCCUCGCGACGACCUCGCCAACGCUACGGGAAGCCCGCUUCGAGUCGGUCGCGUUCGUGGACGGUGUGUUUGAACAUCUUGUCGAGUGGCUCGCGCGCUCGGAAGCUCUCGAUGCCGUCGACUGGACAAGCUGCAGGGCCAUCGCGCAGCACUUGAACGUUUUUGGCCGCGCACUGCGGCGCUGGAUUCGAGCCUGCGAUUUGGAUGACGACGCCAUGUCGACGCUUGCGAUGGCACUGAGCUUCGUCGAUGCGCCCGAGCACUUUACGUUGGAUCUGGCGUCGCUCUCGUUCGGAUACCGCGGCUGGAAGCGCCUUCUGGAAGCCAUUGCGACGAGCACGAAUGUGAGCGUCAACUCUGACGUGGACGGCGAUAGACUAGGGGUCCGUCGCCACGAGCUCGAGACGAUGGCGCUGCGGAAAGGUGCCACGUGGUGUUUCGAGGCGAGCGCUCAGUCGCUCGAUAGCCGUGUAAGGUCGUGA